AUGUCGCCGAAGUUCCAGUGCGCUGUACUUUGUGCAUGUGUGGCCAUUACCGCCUUUGCAUUUCCAGUGGCAGCACAGCCACCAACCGCAGAUGCAUCAAUCAACAAAGACCGUGCUUUAAGAUUAGUUUCAUUAAGAGCUGGUAAAAAUGUUGCCACAACGCCCAAAAGAGGUUUCUUUGGUACAAUAUUUAAUCUUAUAGUGGAGCAAAUCAACGACACGAAAAGUGCUUAUACCCAAAUUUCAGACUUGGUGAAUAAUCAAUUUGCCGAAAAUGAUAUCGUCACACCAACCUCUAAUGCUACUGCUGCUAGCAAUGGAACUACGGAGGCGCCGAAAAUAACCAGAGCUGAAUUCUUAAAAAUACUUGAUAGAAAUCUUAAAGGUUUGGCGCGUCUUCGCAGUCUUGAGUGGCGAGAAGCUAAAAAGGAUUCGUGGGCAAACCUAGAUAAUUACAAGAAUGAAAUAUUUUCCCAAAGAAAAGCAAGAAAUGGGAGAUAA